CUAGACCACAUCAUCAAGAAUAGCAGCUCUUUCCCUUCAUCUGAAUGGCCGCACUUCAGUGACACAAUCUACCUGUCAACAUGGCUCGUCUUAAGAAAGGUAAGGUGGGCGCAAGUGUUGCGCGCGCAACACCGUACCCUGCUAGCAAGCCUCCAAAGAACACCGCCAACAAGGAGAAUGCAUCGCCUCAGGACAGCGCGUCGCCAGCUGCCACACCUCCGCUCACUGCGGAAGAUAAGCCCGCCUUGAAAAGCAACCCUGCUGCAAAAUCUGAACCUGCUGCGAAAAAGGACGCUGCUCUAAUGAAGGUCACCGCUGCCAGUGCGCAUCCAGACCUGCCAGACAGCUACCUCGACAUUGAGCUUGAAGAGGCGAUUGGCUUUUUUGGCGACAUCGAGGUCCCCUGUUAUGAGAAUGCCGCGACGGUUCGGCGCAAGCUGAACACGCUAGUUGGCAGCAAAGUCCAGAUCCCUGGCACAAACAAGGUAUUCAACAAGACCAACCUCUCCAACGCACUGUGCGAAAUUGCCCAGGAACAUCCGCUCAUCAUUCCUUCGUCGGCCGGCACACGCAGCGAAGGGCCCUCUGUGCGUGCACUCACUACCUUCCUCAAGAAGAGUGGCAACAUGGCUGGCGGAGACAGCCAGACCUUCUACUACGGAACAAUGCUGCUAGAGAAGCUGCGAAUCUGGAACGGCGAGAAGAAGAGCAAGGCGAGAGAGAAGGCAGAAGACGAGUUUCCAAGUGGCCGAAGGCGCAUUGAUCCAGCAACUGCCAGACUUAUAUGUUCAGUGAAAGACGUGCCCACGAGAGCUGAGAUGGCGAACUUCAGGCGCUGAGCGGAUGGCAGGUAGUGUUUUCGACUGGGUUGUAGAGCCUCAUCCGCGAUUCUGCGGCUAUGGAAGGUAGACAGUGGCGACUUGUUAUCUUGUAAUUGGUAGUCUUUAUAGCGCAGUACGUACAAGCAACGUUUGUUAGCUGCACUUGAAGAUGAGGGUGCAAGGUUUGUGGAACCCAAUUGCGGGGCCGGCUCUACAACACGGCGC